CGGAAUUCUGUCAAAACUCAAGGUUCAAGGACUGCCUGCAUUUUUUUGAAUACAAAGACGGUUAAUUUACAAUUUUAGGAGAAGACUUUUAUUUUUUUUAAUGAAUUUAAAAAUGAAAGUAUACAAAUAAGUAAAAAUGGCUUUAAAAAAUUGGCGAAAGACUGAGAACGAAGCUGGAUAUCCAUGUUACAUAGAUGAAGAAAGCGGCCAACAGGAUUUCAAUCAUCCAAACUUUAACACAAUUGAAAAGUUAUUAGAAGAACAUGAUGGGAUUAAAUAUAGUGCAUAUAAAAUUGCUUUUAAAAUAUUUGUGUUACAGAAACAAUUGAAGGUGCCUCCAUUAAGGAUAAGUUCUGGAGUAUUUGCAAGGCAUCAGUUAAGCUUGUCAGAAAGUAGUCUAUCAUUGGACAUCCCUGAGCUGGAAGCCGUCCUUGCCGAUAUAUACUUUGCAGCUGAAAAAGAAGGUCUCUUUGUUGGAGACGUAGAUCUCACUGUGGACCUGGUUAUUAAUCUGACACUUAAUGUGUAUGAUGAGCACAGGAACACACAAAUUAGAGUGCUUGCAGCCAAAACACUAUUGAUAUUAUUGAGCGAAGAAUCUGUUAAUGACAAAUGGUUGGCUUUAGCCAAUUGCUGUGCUGACCACAAUGGUUGUGUGUCUCCCCGCAGGUUGUCAGCAUUAUUGUCACAUGUUGUAGCCUUAACCAAGUACUUGGGGUGUUCAGGUGAUCAAGUACAGAGUGAUGUUGACUCGUGUUUUAAUAAGAGUGCUGGAAUGUUGGGUGUAAGUGCUCGUGUAAUGGCCGACUGGGGGGUAAGCAACUGUUCUAGUACAAGAUGGCUCUCAGUAGUGCAAAGGGUUGUGGCUAGUAGGAACUGUGCGACAGCUAACGCUUCUUGCGUAGUCUGUGUACAACCACUUAUACAGGUGCUAAAAUUCAAGUGUGCUAAAUGCAAUGAUGUUUAUUUCUGUGAAAAAUGCUAUUUAUAUGACAGGGAUUUGAGCCAUGUUGCAGGACACAAAAAGACUCAUUUAGUUUUUGAAGUUAAUGAUGGAGAGAUAAAACCAACAGAAUGCAUGAGCUUCAUGAAGGGUAUGAAACGGUUCUUUUUUUGCACAAAGACUGGAAAGAAGAAGGCAAGUAAGAAGUGUAGUAAGAAAAAAAAUGACAAAAUUGCCCGUGCUGCGUCUGUGAAGGCGAAAAAGGAAGAGAAACCAGCCAUUUUUACAUCCACAGUAGGCAAGGCUUCCGGCAAUAAAGCAAAUAAUCCUGCGACAACUCUGCAAGAUAUUAUAACGCAAUUGGAAAAUCAAACAAAAGCUCUACAGGAUAUAUCAGACAAACUACAGAAUGUUGCAAAAGAUUGUGAUGAUGAAUUGAAAUUGAAAGUAGAUGCCCAUUAUUGUCAAAUAACAGCACAAAUCAGCAGGUUAAAGGAAUUAAAAGAUAAUCUAACAGCCGACACGAAUACGGACAGAGCAGAUAGACCGCAGGCGUUCGACCUGUUCAGCCCAAUACCAGUGGACGAGAAGCAAGCGAAACUAACGGACAACAUAAAGAACCAGCCGCGCGUUCUUAGCAUGGAUUCUGGAAACUUCUCUGUGACGUCGAAGCACGAGAGCCAGAAUCUGUUGACGAUGUCCGGGGACGCCUUAAAGCCGAUAGUCGUGCACGCCACCUCGGAUAGUAUAUCCGCCGUGUCCAUGAGCGACAUGAGCAAUUGGUAUAAUGAAACGACAGGCGACAAGCGACAAACGAGAAUAGAUCGAACUAACCAAAGCAUAUCAGCAACGGAGCAGCGAUUUGCGGCUGACAUCCGAUCGGUGGAAACUAGCAAUGACAAGAUGAAGGAGCUGAAUGCCGACUUGGACACCGUGCUGGACAGGCUGCAGCAGAUACUGACGCAUAACUUCACUGUGGAUGAAUCAUGUUUCGACAAUAGUCAAUUGAGAGAGACAGCCAAUGAAAUGGAAGGACUUCUCGGAACGUUGAUACGAGGCGUCGAACAAAGGGCUACCCUUAAUGCCACUAAAGGAAUGGUAUAGAUAACAAAUAAUGUUUAAACAAGUUUACUUUAUGGUGACAAGUACAAUAACAAUUUAUUUCACAUGUUAAAUUGUUCUAUGUUAUGACAUUUUACAUGCUGUGAUAUCAAAUAUUAUGAAGGUAGAGUUCAAAAUUACUAUUUAAAAUAGAUUUGUAAUUAUCUGUCCUAAGACUUAACGUAAUAUAUUUUUACUUAACUUUUUUUUUUUUACUUGACUUUAUUGAUAGCCCAAUGUUAUAUAUAUAGUACAGACAAACAGAAAUAUUUGUUAUUGUUAACAAAUAAAUUAUUGUUUACAUUCCAUGCCGUGAUGAUUUAGACUGAAAUUAAUUUUGAAUUGAUUCCAGAAUUAAUUAAACAAUAUUGUUAUAUUGUUUAAUUCUAAUUGUAAAAUGAAAUUUGUUAAUUUUUAACAGUAGGUAAAGUAAGUAAUUGAAUGAAAUUAAAUUAGAAAUUUAUUCACCUUUUUUGAAAAAGGGAAAGUGGAUAUUUUGUAAACAUAGGCCAAUUGUAAUAUUAAUCUAUAAAUAUGUUUUAAGUUAAAUGGUCUGAAUAAUAAAUACUCAAAAAUGUGCUUUUUCUAUAUAAAAAUGUAAAAUAAAUCCAUGGCUGGACCGUAUCUAGUAUAUUAUUUGAAAUAAAUAUAUAUAUUUGUAUUCGUAAUAAUAAGUGAGACACUUCUAACAGUGAGGUGAUAUACUAUUCAUUUCAUGGUUAAAUUUACUGUUUAAUAAAUUUGUGAUGAAAUUAUUGACAUUGACAAAAGUUAACUAAACUUACAAUGUACUAUGUUAUUAAGAUAAGACCACUUAUAUAUAAUAUGUACCAGUCUAUUGACUAAAAUAUAUGAAUGCAACACCAGUAAGUGUUUAACAUAACUAGCUGCUGCUCGAUUACCGCCGUAUUGUACUGGAUAAGGUUUAAAUUGAAUUAAAUUGGACUGAUUUAUCGAUGCGUUGUUAAUAAUAAAAACGGGCAUGUUUCGACGUUCGACGUUCGAAGUUGAAAUCGACGUCAAGUUGACGGUGAACGGAAUAAUGGGAGGAGUCCUCUCAGAUGUCCUUCUGGCUAAAAUAUGAUACGUCUUAUACGACAUUGAUUGAAUAAAUAUAACCAUGAAAUGAAAAAUCAGCCCUUAAACCAGUUGAAAGAUUCCUAGAUUCUAACUGUAAGAAAUUAUGAUGUAUAAGUUUCGAAAUGAACUAAAUAUUUUUGACAUUGACAACGUAUAGUAGACUAUAGCAAUGUGCCGUCCACUUUGGUGCUCAAUAAUUAAGCUUUAAUUAGGUUCUCGUACAAAUAAAACGAAACACAUUUAGAAAAGUAACAUGCCAUAUAUUUUUAUAUAAAAAAAUUUACAUACCGCCGUGUAAAAUAUAAAAAUAAGUAUAAGUUAUGUAGAUGUUUUAAUCUUUACAUUAAUUAGGCUAAGCGUAUUGUCAACCUUAUACUAUGUUUGGGUGUGUGCGUUAUUAAUUAUGAUAUUAUGUAUGUGUGUAGUGCGUUAGUGUAGUGUAGCGAUCUAUAACGCAAUUAGUACAUUUAUAAUAUGAUGUAUUAUAAUUUAAUAUGAUAAGUACUUAAUUCUAACAUUUUUUGUCCCUCUUUUACUACGAUUAAACUAUCCAGAUGCAUAAUUAGGGAGAAAUUUCAAUUUAAUUAAAGAUUGCCUUGAGAAUGUUACAUUGUUAUGUAAAACGUGGUUCUAGAAUCUAAAUAUGUAACUAUUUAUUAUAUAUGAUGUACUUAUCAAGUUAAAUGACAUAGGUACUCACUUCUGAAGCUCUUAUAUUAGAUCUAGCACAAUAAGACUCUUCUAAUUAUAUUAAAAUCGUAAUUUUUUUGCAUCAUCAAAACCUUUAUCAAAAUUUUCGCCACUACUUAACCUAAUCGACAUUUUCUCGUUUACUCUAAAAUUAUUUUACGAAUGGAAGAAUGAGACAAAGAUUUAUUCAGGUUAUACAAUUAUAAAUCUGAGACAACAAGUCAACUUAUAAUAAAUUAGCAAUUAGAUUGCUGGAGCACAACCCAGAGUACUUAUAGUGAUAUAAUUUACAAGGAUUUAUGUAAAUAAUUGUGUUAAUGCAUAUGCAAUAAAUGAAUCUCUUACGGA